CCCUUCUUUUCCUUCUCAUCUCUCUCCAGUUAUUCUUAUUGUGUCGUCUGGUGUGCGUUGGAUUCAACAAUCGUUAUAGCUAUCGGGUUAUGUCCUUCCACUGGCUGUGAGGGACUCGGCCUUGAUCUCGCCCUUUAUUGAUAUUGAUUGAUCGAUUGAUUCAUUUAUUCCCGCCUGCGGUCUAGAACUCUAGCCUUGUUCUUCCUGCCCACCGUUCGUCCCCCACUCCCGCCCGUUGCCUAUUUGGUCGCAUUUGUUUCUUCGUCCUCUCCAUUCGUCUAUCGCUGGUCCGAUCCUACCCAAACUAUUCCGUGAUCAAUUUCAGCAUGCUUGGUGAAGGUACCGAAGAUGGUACCCGCGUUUAUGUUGCCCCGUUGCUAGACGACGACGACGAUCAUCCCGACGCUCCCAAUAUCCUGCAGCCUCAAGAUGAGGAGACCGGCGUCACCUACCUCCCCGUCUGGUUACGGGAAUCGUCCAAAUCCUUUCACUGGAGCUGGGUCCCUCUGCCUAUUCGAAAGAUUGCGUGGGCCACGGCGACCUGGGUGAAGGGCCCCGACCCGCCCCAUGACCUUCUGUUGAAGCCUUUGUUCCCUCGUAUCCAAGAACUCCCGGUCCGGUACCUGGAACGGUUCUUCCCCAAGCGGAAUCACAAGAUCGCCUUGCUUUUCUUGCUAUAUUUUGUCUGGUUCCUGCCCUGGACUAUCGUCCUCUUGCAUGCCCGCUCGGCCGGUUAUAUAGAAGGCUAUGGGCGUCCCCAGACCCUUUCGUGUUCGACAAGUCUUUGGGACUACGGAAAUGAAUGCGGACUGAAUGGAAAUGAUUGCCGCCCAUUUUCGGCAUCGACGCUUCCUUUCCGCUGUCCCGCGAACUGCCGGGACGCCAAGCUGUCGGAACCCCAUACCGUCGGCAACCAGACCUAUAGUUACCGCGGUCUUGUAGUUGGUGGCCCGCAACCCGAUUUCGACGAGACCCCCAUCUACCGCGCCGACAGCUUCGUCUGUCAGGCGGCCAUCCAUGCGGGCGUCAUCACCAAUACUGUGGGGGGUUGCGGCGUGGUGCAGCUGGAGGGCGCGGCGCACUCAUACCCUGCGUCGAAGCGCAACGGCAUCCAGUCGGUCGGAUUUCCCUCGACGUUCCCCAAAUCAUUCAGCUUUGCGUCGCUGUCCUCAUCGCAGGAGACUUGCCCCAAGGACCCGCGGUGGCCUUUGCUUGGCAUCACCAUCGGGUCGCUGGCUGUCCUGUGGCUCUUCUGCACCUCCCCGCCCGUAUUAUUCUUCAGCACGUUCGCCAUGGUCUUUUGUCAGGUGGGAUUGGUGUCUGACCCGCCGUCGUACCCCCAAUUCGCCGAUCUCGUCUCCAGCCUCCUUUCGCGACUGUUGCCGGCAUCAUUCGUGGCCUACGUUCUAUUCAAAUAUUGUGCCCGUCCCCUGCUUACUCCGCUCUCCGAACCGGUGUACCAGAUGACGAGGGCGUUCCUCUACCUGCCUCCCGUAUUCAUCGGCGCCUUGAACAACUACACUUUCGCCAGGUUGAUUCCUCUUGAACGUCUCACGCCUUAUGACAUCCAGAAACAGCCGGGGGCGAAGCUGGCCCUGGCCCUGGUGAUACCAACGGUUAUUACCAUCAUUCUCAGCCAAGCCUGGAAGAUUCGCCAAGGUGGUUUGAUGCCGCAUUAUCUAAAGAUAUAUUGCACCAUGGGCUUGAUUCUCCUGAUCCUGCUCCCGUUGCCCGGUCUGCGCCUGCGCAUCCAUCAUUAUAUUCUUGCUAUCCUUCUCAUGCCCGGAACCGCCAUCCCGACACGCCCGUCGCUGAUCUAUCAAGGGCUGCUCCUCGGUCUUUUCAUCAACGGUGUCGCCCGGUGGGGAUUUGCCUCCAUCAUCGAGACACCGGCCUCUCUGGGCGAACAGGCCCCAGGCCCCGGCGGAUCUCACGGCUGGUGGGGAGGCACCUACCCAAACAUUUCGAACAAAACCGUGGAGGUUUCCCUGCCGGGUAGGGACUCUGACGAAAUCUAUCAUGGCAAUGGCAACAUCACCUUCUUCCUGUGGGAGCGCGAACGCAUGGCCGACCUAGGCGUGGACGGCGUGUCUGUCUUAGUCAACGAUGUGGAACGCUGGCGCGGAUACCUGGACGAGGACAAGUACGGCGAAUUCACCUGGCACCGACACGGCCACAACGGACUCGAACUCCGACACAGUCCGAUGAUCGAGAGCGACGACGAACCCGACUUGAUAGACUCGAUGUCCAUAGAAGCAGAGAGCGAAGCUACAGAGGACCAGAAGCCCGAAGACCUCUUUUUCCGAUUCGCCUUUUUGAGGGGCGCGGAUGCGGGCAUAUAUAGCGGUGCUGGAGUUUGGUUAGAAGAUGGGGAGUGGAUAUCUCCUCCUCCGCCGAAGAAUUAGACUUUUGGAUUUGCUUAUACUAUUUCGGGGUUUUGGUCAAUUUUUUGUGUUAUCCUUACGAUCUUGCAGUUAUUGUAUAUCCUUUUUGGCUGUAGAAGUGGAAGUAGUUAGUUAGAUCAGACAGACCAACAGAUAAACACCGUAUGCAUCAGACAAUACUCGAUCUCUGAGAUGGUGCUGUGCUGCUGCAUGCUAGUUCAUCAGGACUGAUUGAUUGAAUUGAUAGGUUGGGCGUGUUGGGUUUGGAUAUAGUGUUUAGUACUGUAUGAACAACCCACGACAGCUGACUCUAGAAAAAGCACUGCAAUUCAGAAAUUUCUGGCCAGAGGCUAUAUGUACAAG